AUGGAUAUCAAAAAAUGCUUUGAGCCUGCAUGCCAGCAAGAAACAGAAUACUUAUGCAGAUGCACUUCUCAUGAGACAUACUGAUGCCAAAUACACUUAGAAAAGCAUUGUAAAAUGACCAACAUAAUUCAUCCUUUCGACACUAUCGCUUUAGAGCUCGUUGACAGAUCGAAAACAGCCGUUCUUGAGCUCCUUGAACAAGAAAAAUCUGUAAGAGGCGAAACGAGAAAUAAAUUAAUCGUUGCCUAUAACCAUGAUAAGAGGCUUCAAGAAUCGUUAAAUUAUUUUAACAAAGCAAUUGAAAUAAAUCCAAACUGUGCACUUUAUUAUAAAAAUAUGGGAUUUGCUAUGAAAGAAUUAGGUAGGCUUGAAGAUGCUAAAAGGUGUUUUGCGAAUGCUAUUAAAGCUGGCUCAAGGUAUGAUUCAGCAUAUAAUGGAAUGGGGGAUAUCCUGUGAAAUGAAAAAAGAUACGAAGAGGCUUAUAAUUAUUAUAACUGGGCAGCAAGCAUAAAUCCAAAUUCCUCACUUUAUUGAAGAAACGCUGGGGAUGCUUUAAAACAGUUAAACAGGAAACAAGAGUCUAAGCAAUACAUAAAUCGAGCUAUAAGCAUAGAAAAAGCUAGGAAAAAAUAA